AUGGGGGUCUCUCAAAGGUGCAGGUCAUCCGUAAAACCUCCCUCCUUUGGUUCUCCUUUCUCUGUGAGAACAUUGUGGCUUCUGUCGAUGGUUAUGACUGCAUGUGCGUGCCCUAAGGUCUGUCAUUGCUCGGACAGGAACGGUGUGGUGGUGCAGUGCACCUCACGGAACUUGGAGAGCAUCCCGACGAACUUGCCCAAGGACACUGUCGUUCUCUUGCUUUCAUCUAACCGCAUCAGACACAUCACAAGGGAGGCCUUCGCAGACCUCCACCGCCUCAGGGAACUGGACUUAUCUCAAAACGCCAUCGAGAAUGUGGAGGUCGGUGCCUUUCAAGGAAUUUCAGAGAGCCUGCGGACCUUGGAUCUUUCAAACAACCACCUCAGCGGCCUCCCAAAGGACACCUUCGCCAAGCUGCACGCCCGUGUCCGCCUGUCCGACAACCCCUGGCACUGUGAGUGCUCUUUGCAGGAGGUGUUAAGGGAGCUGAGGCUUGACCCGGAGACGGUGAACGAGGUCAGCUGCUACUCGUCGGUGCAGGAGGAAUACAUCGGACAAUCGGUCAUCCAAGUCCUGGACUCUGGGAUCAACUUUUGCAACUUCCACCACAAGACGACAGACGUGGCCAUGUUCGUCGCCAUGUUCGGCUGGUUUUCGAUGGUGACUGCUUACAUCAUUUAUUACAUCAAACACAACCAGGAGGACGCCAGGAGGCACAUGGAGUACCUCAAAUCACUGCCCAGCACGUCACAUAUCAGCAAGGACUACGACACAGCCAGCAGUGUGGUCUAA